AUGAGCGUGAGUGGGCAUGUCGAGCUCAAGCCCGAGGCUGGCUGUGAGAAGGGAGAAUGUGUCGGCGGCUACCGCGACCAGGCCAUCACCAUCGCACUGUAUGGUGUCGGCUCGUGGGAGUUGUUGCUGUGCUUUCUCGUCGUGUUCGCCGCGCCGCGUGCUACAGAUAUGGAUGUCACAAACGCCUUACCUUCCUUGCCAACUUUCCAAUUCUCGCACGAAUGGCUUCUGCUAGGGCCAUUUCAGAUCGGUACUCGCGAGGCGCUUUGGGCUGCCGAUCCUCUUGAACACUUUGGCGGCUUCAGAUCUCUUGCAUAUGACCCAAAUGCGGUCUUCAGAAGCUCGUUGCCCGUUAAUGGAACCACCGGCUGGUCGAAUGUCACAGCACAGCUCACCGAGCCGAGCGUCCAGAGGAACGGUGCCACCUUGUCCGUCGACUUUCAGAAUGUUGACUGGGAAGCUCUGAGGAAUGCAUACGGCUGGGCAGCGUAUCAAUGGCAAGCAUGGAUAAGGGGUGAGAUAUAUGUCCAGUCCAACAAGACUGAGAUUUAUACCCUCUCUGCUCCACAGCUCCUCGAGUGGUGGAUUGACCAUGUUCACUACUUUGGUGGCGACUUCUACGACUACAGUCGAGCUUCGCCAGUCCUGCGCUUGACGCCUGGCAUCCAUCGCAUCGACGUCAGGAUCGUGAGAGAUGUUAGAGCCUUCGGUGGAGUAGAGAGGCCAGCUAUGAACAUCACCCUGCGAUUGGACUAUAGCUAUGCAGGACUGAAGCAUGUUGGAAAGGUGCUCAUUUCCGACACGAUCAACUCGCCUUCUGGCCAAGGUCUAGCCAGUCCAUUCGGGUCUGCUUUGUUACGCAAUGAUGGAGACGAGGAAGUCACCAUUUCCGCUGUCGAGGCUACACACAACGCCUGUCUGGCAGACCUGUGGCUUACCGAGGAGAUACGUAUCGCUCCUGGCCAGACGAGGCCAGUGGCUUUCCGCGUGCGAUGCGUGAGGCUCGACUGGCGGAUCAGGCUGGACUUCAAAUUUCGAGUGGCCGGUAGAGACCGCAUUGAAACAUUGACCAUUCUAGCAGAGCCCAUGCGCCGCAAUCCAGGUGAGCCUCACAAAGUCACUUUUCCUCAUCCCGGUGGCAUUGUCUCUUACGCUAUUCUCCGACCGCCUUCUCGACGAGCUGUCGAUACAGUACCGCCGAACUCAACAUUGCCAGUGCUGCUUGGAUUUCAUGGCGCCGGGGUCGAAGCGGAAUGGGACAGCGUAAGGCUGGCUUUGCAACCACUUCCAGAUUUGCCUGCCUGGGUAUUAUAUCCAACAGGCGUCACGCCGUGGGCUGGCGAUGACUGGCAUGCUUUCGGAUUCCCAGACGUUGAAGCUGCAGUGGAGAUGAUCCCAGAUUGGAUCGAAGUCAACGAGUGGCAAGGACCAGGUGUUAACACUCAGCAGUGGCUCGUCGCUGGCCAUUCGAAUGGAGGUCAAGGCGUAUGGUAUGCUUUGACGCAUUGGCCGGACAAGGUCAUCGCUGCAAGUCCUAUAAGUGGCUACUCAUCGAUACAGAACUAUGUGCCGUACACGUUCUGGCAGCCCAGUGACCCCCUUCGUACAUCAAUUAUACAAUCAGGCCUUCUGCCCUAUCGACAUGAGCUCUUGCUCGCAAACGCGAAGGGCAUACCUGUGCUUCAGCAGCACGGCGGAGCCGACGAUAACGUCCCUCCGUACAAUUCUCGUCUCCAGAGCCAGCUCAUUCGCGAGGCUGGCGCAAACAGCGAAUACUUUGAAUUCGCUGGCAAACCACAUUGGUGGGAUGGCGUCUUCACCACGACUCCUCUGAGAGACUUCUAUCAGCAGCAGAUUGAUCUCAACAUUGCCAACGUUGGCAGAGCGCCAAUCACGUUCCAAGAUUUCUCGCUCGUGGUGGCCAACCCAGGAGAUACUGGUUCCAAGCACGGCUUCCGAGUUUUAAACUUGAUAAAUCCUGCGCAAAUUGGACGCUUAGAUGUCUCCUUCGAUCCUACGACAUUGGCAUGCGCGAUCAGCACAGCCAACGCCACCUCAUCAGACAACACUCGUCCAAGCAUCCGCCGCAUGGGCAGCCAGCUAGGACAAAUGGACUCAAUACUGCGCACCCAAGGGCCAUUUCAGAUUUUGCAGCAUUCAAAGCAAGCACAUCACAUUGCACUGCAGAUAUCCCGUAACCUCUGCCAAUACUUUGCUGCUGACACAAUCAUCAGUGAGGACUGGGACGAAGCAUUUACCUCAACAGGCAACAUCAUCAGCGUUGCGAUCGGCAACGAUCUGCCUUCCGGUUUCUUCAAGGACCAUCCCAUCCAGAUCGAUCAAGGCAGGAGCAUUUCCAUUCGACACUUCUUUGGAAGUCCAGGCCACUAUGACGACUUGGCUGAUCUCGGUUUGGCCGCGAUAUUUCUGAGACCUCUGCCUAUGGGCAGACUGGAAUUGGUUGUUUGGGGAUCUGAUGCUUCGAUGCUUGAGGUCGCGGCACGGCUUGUACCGAUGAUGCCGGGGAGUGGUCAACCGGACUUUGUAGUGAUGGACAAGACAAUGCUCGCGAAAGGAUUGAACGGUGUGCUGGCGAUGGGCUUUUUCGACAAUUUUUGGGAAGUGUCGAAGAAUUCAUUCUUUGGUUGA